AUGGCUUCAACAACUCAGACUGAAGUAUCUAAUGAAUCAAGAUCACCAAAUGGUCGGGCUCAGAAGAAAGGUGGGUUUUUCAAUAAGUUGAUUAAGAAAUCUGGUCACUCCAAGAAUUUAUCCCCGCAACCUACUGAGUAUGCGAAAUCGUUUGCUUCUUCAAACCCACCAAGUAGGAGAUCUAGUGUCAAACGAGAUAAACGGAAUUCAAUGGAAAACAACCAUUUUGUUGACGAUGAUGAGGAUUCUUUAUACGACGACGAUUACGAUGAAUCUAAUUCUAUUGGAGAAGAUGAUACCGACGAUUCUAUUUUUGAUUCAACAAAUCAUGUCUUGUCUAGUGCAAGUACCUUACGAAAAGUGAAAUCAUACAACUAUACAACAUUUGAUAAUCACAGUGUUGGGGAAAAGGUGGCGUUUCCAACCACUCUGGAAGGUUUGGAUAUGGAUUUGGAUAUUCCCGAAGAGAAUGAACCACCAUAUGCUGGUUUAACCUAUGAAUCUUUUCUUACACCGAAAUAUAUUAAAACUACAAGAAGAAAUAAACAUAGUCCAAGAAUUAUCAAUAACUUAUUUCUUGCCCAGGAAUUAAAUGUUGUGGAAGAUGUUGGCAGUGAUACAGAAGAUGAUCGUCUUGAAGACGAGUCCUUUAUUAAUAAUGAUGAAGAUUUACUGCAUGAUGAAGAAUUAGGAGGUGAUAUUAGAAGAGAGAUUUUUGUCAUGGAGUUUAGUCAAGAUGGAAAAUAUCUAGCUGCAGCAGGUAGAGAUGCUGUGAUCAGAGUAUGGAAAGUGAUUUCCUCGCCUUUGGGAAGAAUGGAAUUUAACCAACUUGAGAAAGUUAGUGGACCUCCUCCCCGAAGCAACAAGAGAGAUUAUGUUUUUGACCCGGCACCUGUUUUCCAUAGACAACCUAUACGUGAGUUUAGAGGUCAUUCGAGCAAUAUAUUAUCAUUAGCAUGGAGUAAAAACAAUUUUUUGAUAACAGGUAGUAUGGAUAGAACCGCUAGAUUAUGGCAUGUUGAUCGUGAUCUGUGUUUGCAGGUAUUUCCACAUGAAGAUUUCGUGACUGCUGUAAAAUUCCACCCCCAUGACGAUCGGUUCUUUUUGAGUGGAUCACUCGAUAAUGAGGUUCGUCUUUGGUCAAUUUUGGAAAACUCAGUUGCAUAUAAUAAACAUCUUGGAGAUGAUGUGUUAAUUACUGCGUUGGAGUUUGCGCCAGAUGGUUUGCAUUGCUUUGUCGGAGGAUUUAAUGGAGCAUUGUUUAUAUUGGAAACAAAGGGAUUGUUCUCUGUUUUUCAAGUGGAAAUUAAAGAAAGAUCCAUUGUACAUUCCUUCAAUAGUAGCAACAAGAAUGGAAAUAAGAUUACAGGCAUAAAAGUAUUCAAUAACCCAUUAUUUGAAGAAGGAAGAGGUAAGAACGCAAUUGAAAAAUAUGCAGUGCUUGUAACAACAAAUGAUUCUAAAAUUCGUAUGAUUACUGUUGCACAGAAGAAGUUGAUUACAAGAUUUCGUGGUUUGACAAACAACUCAUCUUCAAUAGUAGCAGAUAGUACAGAGGAUCAAAAGUAUAUUAUUUCUGGCUCAGAGGAUCAUUAUUGUUAUGUGUGGGAAAAUAACAAUAGUAUCAUAAAUAACAAGCUUAAACAAUCAUUAAAAGAGUUUGUCAUUGAUGGUAAACAGCAUAUUUCAGAUUUCCAUCACAAACAUGAGAAGUAUUCCAAGUUCAUGGCCUUGAAUAAGUUUUUCAAUAAGUUUUUGGAAGAAGAUUAUGAUAAUAAGCAUGAUUUUGUUGCCAAUGAGAAUAACAGCUAUACAUACUUUCAUGCCCACCACUCGAAAUGUAACGUUGCCAUUUUUGCGCCGGAGUCUACCAAACAGUUAUUACAAUUAUCAGAUGAUUUAAUUUAUGAUUUGAAAAAACGUGGUGACGCGUGUCGAAUUGAUCCUUCUAGAUGUUUUACCUGUAACGGAAAGUCUGUCAAAGUCGACAACUCGGUUCAAACAGGGGAUAUAAUUGUUACCGCCGAUCAAUUUGGUAUAAUUCGAGUAUUCAGACAAGAUUCUGCUUAUCUUUAUCGGAAGAAAUUCAUUGAAUUUUACAAAAAGGGACAAACCAAGAACAAUAGUGAUCUCGUGCUGCUUAGUCCAUCCGAUAGGGGAUUAUCCAUUCGAAGAGGAUUAUCACUUGCUGAUAGAGGUUCUUCUCUUGUGCGCGAAACAAGUAUGAGUCCUGUGAGACAUUCAGAAUCACAGAUGAACAUAAGGAGCAUGUUGGCGUCUAAAAUUAACCCAUCUUCUUUUUCUGCUCCGUCAACUCCACUUUCGGAAUCCACAUUUGCUGUAAGCGGUGGUUCCAUUGAAGGAAGACCACAUUCACCUAGUGGGGCAUACUUGUCGAUGAGAUCAAUUGCUGGUGGUGGUCCGUCUACAAGAAAUGGAAUGUUUGUUCAACCUAAUGUUGCCUUACUGGUUGAGCAUGAUGAAGUUGUUCAAUCAAGCCCGAGUGGUAGUGACAUAACAUUAGGCGAGCCAACACCACAUAAUUCCAAAUCCAAACUUAAUUCAAGUCUAGAAAAUUUCAGUAAUCCUAAAGAUAACUCAAGGCCAAUUAUACCUAAAAUAGUAUUGCCACAGGACGAUGAACCAAGUGCAAAUCAGGUUGACUAUCAUUCACGAUUAAAAGAUUUGAAAAUAAAUAGUCACGUAGAAGCAAGAGGCAGAACGAAAUAG